UUUUCCUUUGUUUGAAUAUAGCGUGUGAAAAUGUGCUACAUCCUUUUCAAGGAAAAUUCGAGGCACUGUUUGAUUAUUUUUAAUCUUCCAUUUGAUCUUCAAGGUUAUAGGGCAGAAAAAAAAUGUCUUCUCAGAGCAACGAGACUCUCAGCACUGAGAAAAAAUUGCAGAGAUUGCGGCAUCGCCUAGAAGUUUCUUUUGAUAGCACAAGAACUGAUCAUCAGGAGGGACUAAAGGAACUGUGGCAUGCCGCUUUCCCAGGGCUAGAAUUUAGUGGGUUGAUUUCUGAACAAUGGAAGGAAAUGGGAUGGCAGGGAACAGAUCCUUCUACUGAUUUCAGGGGUGGUGGCCUCAUAUCCCUAGAGAACUUAGUAUUCUUAUCAAAGACAUAUCCUAGAUCAUUUCAGCGUCUGCUUCAAAAGCAGGCAGGUGAUAGAUCUGCAUGGGAAUACCCAUUUGCUAUAGCUGGUGUAAACAUAACAUUCAUGCUUAUUCAAAUGCUAGAUCUUCAAUCUGCAAGGCCUAGUACUACAGCAGGAUUAGUAUUCUUGAAGAUUCUAUCAGGAGAUGAGUGGGCAUUUGAUUUGCUUUACUGUGUUGCAUUUGAAGUGAUGGAUGCAAAAUGGCUUGCGACGCGUGCUUCUUACAUGGACUUCAAUGUUGUUUUGAAGUCCACUCGUGCUCAGCUAGAAAGAGAGUUGCUUAUGGAGGAAAUUACCUGUAUAGAGGACAUGCCAUCAUAUGGCUUACUUUGCCAAUAGAAGUCAUAAUUUCAACUAUAUUACAGACUAUGGUGAUUGACCACCCUAUUAAAAUCUAACAUACAACUGUUCUUUUACCCAGCAGCUAAAUGAAAAAUUGACAUGAGGAAACCCUCCGAAGAGUAUGGUGCAGGGUGUUAAUAUGGAUUUUGCCAAUGCUCUUUAUUGAAUAUUUUUUCAGUUAGAUAAUCCUGAUUUUUUUCUGGAUAGAUCUGUGCUUUCACCUGCUAAUAUAUCCCACUAACUAGUUCCAAGAUCCAGCUAAGAUUGCUUAAAAUCUUUAAUCUUUUCUUGUUUUAAACCCUUGUUUAUAGAGUGAAGUCUCGCGAAUUGAAUUUGAGUAACAGAAAUUAUUCCAUAGUUAAUCGUGCAACUUUGUCAUACAGAUUGGAAACAUUUUCCUGUUGGGUUUAAUUGCCAAACAGAAAGUUUACUUCAAUAAACAACUUCAAUUUGGACA